CUGGCUGCAAAGGCUAUCAGAUGUACCUAAUCAUUAGGGCAGGCAAGUGAGGGGAGGUUAUUUAAGGAAGUUUCCACUGUACUUGUUAGAUCUCGCUGCUCAAGUGUGCCCUCUCCACCGGCAGUGUCCACAGCAUCCCGGGGCUUGCUAGGAAUGCGGAAUUUCAGGCCCCACUCCGGACCUCCUGUAUCAGAACCUGCAUUUUAACAAGCGUGCCAGCUAUGUCCUUGGUUUCUCUCAAUGACAAUUCCUGACUCUUGGCCCUGGCAGUCUUGGGAAGACAUCAUCCAGUUUCUUCAGUCCAGAUCUCGGAGCCUCCCUUUUCCCCAGCGUCACCUGCACCCCGCCUGGACGCAUCAACGGAACCAUUUUCUAGGACACACCAUUCAGCAGGACAUGGUGGUGAGCCCUGACUCUGCGUCUUCAUGACUGACACUCUUGGACAACACAAAGCGCUCGACAGGAGUGAGUGAAAUGCGCAGCUCGGGGUGUCAUUUCUGAAGGGAGGAGUCAUUUCCUUGGAGAGGAGUCCUCAAUGAGCCUGGCCGAGGCCCGGGAUCUGUGUGAAGUGGACUAAGGAUUUAGUAGGAUGUCAACUGAGACAGAACUUCAAGUAGCUGUGAAAACCAGCGCCAAGAAAGACUCCAGAAAGAAAGGUCAGGAUCGCAGUGAAGCCACCUUGAUAAAGCGGUUUAAAGGCGAAGGGGUCCGGUACAAGGCCAAGCUGAUCGGAAUUGAUGAGGUUUCCGCGGCUCGGGGAGACAAGUUAUGCCAAGACUCCAUGAUGAAACUCAAGGGCGUUGUUGCUGGCGCUCGUUCCAAAGGAGAACACAAACAGAAAAUCUUUUUAACCAUCUCCUUUGGAGGAAUCAAAAUCUUUGAUGAGAAGACAGGGGCCCUUCAGCAUCAUCAUGCUGUUCACGAAAUUUCCUACAUUGCGAAGGACAUCACAGAUCACCGGGCCUUCGGAUACGUUUGUGGGAAGGAAGGGAAUCACAGAUUCGUGGCCAUAAAAACAGCCCAGGCAGCUGAACCUGUUAUUCUGGACUUGAGAGAUCUCUUUCAACUUAUCUAUGAAUUGAAGCAAAGAGAAGAAUUGGAAAAAAAGGCACAAAAGGAUAAGCAGUGCGAACAAGCCGUGUAUCAGACAAUUCUGGAAGAGGAUAUUGAAGACCCUGUAUACCAGUACAUUGUGUUUGAGGCUGGACACGAGCCAAUCCGUGAUCCCGAAACAGAAGAAAACAUUUAUCAGGUUCCCACCAGCCAAAAGAAAGAAGGUAUCUAUGACGUGCCAAAAAGUCAACCUGUAAGUAACGGCCAUGCGUUUGAGGAUUUUGAAGAACGGUUUGCUGCAGCCACCCCGAACAGAAACCUGCCGACGGACUUUGAUGAGAUUUUUAAGGCAGCCAAGGCUGUGACCCAAUUAGAACUUUUUGGGGACAUGUCCACCCCUCCUGACAUAGCCUCCCCCCCUACUCCUGCAACUCCAGGCGAGGCCUUUACCCCGCCUUCCCCUCAGACGCUUCCGGCGAGUGCAGACAUGUUCAGUUCCGUACCUUUCGGCGCCACUGCUGUGCCCUCAGGUUAUGUUGCAAUGGGCGCCGUCCUCCCAUCCUUCUGGGGCCAGCAGCCCCUCGUCCAACAGCAGAUCGCCAUGGGUGCUCAGCCAUCAGUCGCUCAGGUGAUGCCAGGGGCUCAGCCCAUCGCAUGGGGCCAGCCGGGUCUCUUCCCUGCCACUCAGCAGCCCUGGCCCGCCGUGGCCGGGCAGUUUCCGCCAGCCGCCUUCAUGCCCACACAAACUGUUAUGCCUUUGCCAGCCGCCAUGUUCCCAGGUCCCCUCACCCCCCUGGCCACCGUCCCAGCCACGGGUGACUCGGCCAGGUCCAGUCCGCAGACCGACAAGCCCAGGCAGAAAAUGGGAAAAGAGAUGUUUAAGGAUUUCCAGAUGGCCCAGCCUCCGCCCGUGCCCUCCCGCAAACCCGACCAGCCCUCCCUCACCUGCACCUCAGAGGCCUUCUCCAGUUACUUCAACAAAGUCGGGGUGGCACAGGAUACAGACGACUGUGAUGACUUUGACAUCUCGCAGUUGAAUUUGACCCCCGUGACUUCUACCACACCGUCGACCAACUCACCUCCAACCCCAGCCCCUAGACAGAGCUCUCCAUCCAAAUCAUCCGCAUCCCACGCCAGUGAUCCAACCACAGAUGAUAUCUUUGAAGAGGGCUUCGAAAGUCCCAGCAAAAGCGAAGAGCAGGAAGCUCCUGAGGGGUCACAGGCCUCAUCCAACAGUGAUCCAUUUGGUGAACCCAGUGGGGAGCCCAGUGGUGGUAAUAUAAGUCCACAGGCCGGUAGCUAGAUAGCACAGGUCUGGGAGCUGGAGCCUCUCUAUGCGCAGAUCCACAGACCUAAGGAAUAGCACCCCUGCGGGCUUGUGGCGGGUGCUUCAGGACUGGCAUGGAAAUCAGCAUCGCGACAGGCUCUCAUGUGUCCUUUCACCUCACCUCACCCCACAAAGAAAUUCACGAUGGUCCCCACGGAACUCGUUUGGAAGAGGGAACUAAGAGUUUUUGGCAACCAAUGGUAGAUAUCUCUGGCAGCACAAAUACAGAAACAAACACAAACACACAAAAGUAUAAAACAAAGUCAUAUCCAACGUUAAAUCACGAAUCAAGCCGACGCUUACCCGACAAAUACCCUAAGCUCUCCUAGUGUGGGUUUAAGAGGACCCCGUCUGUGAAUCCGUAAUUCUCUUUUUAUUCUUCCACCUGUUGACCAGUGUAAAGACAUCGAGUUUGGAGUGACGGGCCUCAGAGAGUGACAUCAGGGUUGGCACCGAUGUCACUUAGGCAAAAAGCAAGAGGCCCUCCGUCACCACGGUCUCAUCGUCCAUAUGCCUUUCCACGUGGGAUGGUGUGUUUCCAUCACUCCACACGGCCUGGUCUGCCAGUUGCCCCCUUUCCUUUCUUUGUCAUGUUUGAAGAUGAAUGGGUGUACAAAUUUUUGUAUUGCUUUUGACUUUUUUUUUCGAUGUUGAUGAAGAAAUCUAACUGGAAAGGAAAAAGCCUCAUAUGAAAUGAAUUAACUUGAAAUCACAAAACAAAUAAGUGGUUGAUGAUUCUUCUUGAUCAUAAAUGUUGCCAAAACAACCCUUCAGCUAUUCUACACCCUGGUGAAGACGGACGGCUUUCGGUUUAACCUUCACUCUGUGAGUAAGAAAGGACAUUGAAUCCCAUUGAUGAGAAGGAUAAAAAAAUGCAUCUGAUUUCCUCAGAAGCUCUAAACUCUUAAGUACAAUUAAAAAAUAUUUUUUAUUUUUUCCGAUAUCGUGCUGCUGUGACGCUAUGCAGACAAGUGUCUUCUCCACGUGCCAUUUUCAAAGAAAAGUCAUUUGCCAAAUAAUUCGGGGACAGUCCUGGUAAUGCGGUUUUGGAUCUUAAAAAAAAAAAGACUUUCUACAUGGAACAAUGGUGACAUGAAUAUUCCGAAUAACAAACUGAUUCCGUGGUCACGAUGGUUCAUCUCUGUCUCUUUUUGUACAUCAGAAAAUUCAAAUGGGAUUUUUAUUUUAUAACUUGAAAAAAAAAAAAAACCCAACCAUUAAACUCUUUAAAUAUUUAAGGGAAAUGGCUUUAAGGAGUUCUCAUGAAAAAAAAAAAAAUUUGCCAGUUUGGGUUUGUUUUUUUUUUUGUAAAUAUGAAUGUUAAUGAAAAUGCUUUUUAAUGAUGCCAUCACACUGUAGAGAAGGUAGCAGAUUGAGUGCAAGAUGUGACGAACUUGAUGGAUGGGGCUCACUUUUCAGGUGUUACUCUGGAGCAUAUGGUAGGAAGCUGGAGUUCAGGCACAGCUGGCAGGAGCAGGUGGCCAAUCAGCAGCUAGUGAACAGGAGGGAGCAUGUGACUCUGUCACCUAAUCUAGCCUUUCCACAAGAGUCCCCGCCCUCUGCGUAAAACAAGAAAGAGACAGCCCAUGCUCUGAAGGCCUGCUCUUCAGAGCCCCAAACUCCCUCCCACCUCUCCAUGCCCAGUGACCCCCAUAGAAAUCACAGGACUGUUUGUAUGUGAAACAGAAGAAUUUAAAGUCCCUUUUUUUUUUUUACAUUUACAAGACAAGAAGUGCAGUGUUUGGUUCGUAUGUUCAGCACAUGAUUUUCAUAAAGAAUCUAUAUAUUUUUGCCCUACAGAGAAUUGUUCUACAGGUCAAAUGUGUUUUCCUGAUGUUCCUAUGCAGUUACAGUAUGUUGAAUUUAGUGGUUUAACACUAAGAAGAAAACUUUAAAGAAUCAUGUGAUUAAUUUGAUUUGGGGAUGGUAAUUAUUUAUACUUGGUUUUAAAAUUUGAAAAUUUGCAUUAACCUUGAUCUGAUUGACUUAAAUAGGCCUGUGUCCUUUGAUUCUUUACAUCAGUAGAAACGAAAAUGAUUUGGAAGGUGGUCUACUUGUUCGGAAAGAAAAAAAAAGGAUAUGUCAUGGUGGUUAUUCCUUUUUGACAAGCCCAGAUUUUACACUGUCAGGUCACUGGAAUCUAAAUUGUUUUCAGUUGCAUAAACUUGGAAAAUGUCUAUUACAGAAAUAUAUGUAAGUGUCACCCUGAUAUGGAAGGUCUGAAGAACCAGAAAGGUGAAAAGGGCCAUUUCCCUUCCUCCAUCAAUGUCACAUGUUGGUCGACAAGAUUUCUCCAGGAAUGUGCGUACCUUUUAUGAGUCAUUAAUCCUUCCACGUGAAGGGGAAAAUGAGAAAGCUGUGAUAACCACGAGCAUGGUCCUAAAACCUGUUCCCUUGUGCUUUCUGGGGAUUUGAUAAGAGAGGUGGUUCCCGUGGGGAGAUGACUUGGAUUGUUCUGUUGUCUGUGAUUCUGACUCUAAACCAGUGGUGCUAUCUUCUCCCUCGAUUCAGCUGUCUUGAGUCCAUCCCGCAGUAUCACACCCUCUUACUGAGUCUGUGGGUUGCUUCUGACACGUUCAAAGGGAACCCUGCCUGAUGUCGCUGCUUCAGGGACACCGUCUGGAGCUAAUUUCAUAGCAGAAAGUGACACCCCAGGGCACUUUUCAUCACUGAUUGAAUGUGGUUGAAAAUAUUCCUGGCUCCAGACUUAAAGAGGAUGGCCCAUGUGAUGCAUUAAAGUGAGGGUAAUAAAGUCAAGAUUUUAAACUGCCAUCCUCGUUGUCAUUGGCAGAAUUAUGCUGUUUGAUAUGCGCUGUUUGCUGAGCUCAGAACCACCAUAUCCCAUCCCAGGAAUGCAGUGAAAUUUCCAAUAAGAGCUGAGGUGCCAAUACCGAAAGGCUGUGUGGGGAGUCUGCCCAGUUCCAGUUAGAUCGAUAGAAAAUCCACGUGUACAACUGUUAAUUCCUCAUCCUUCACUAGCACGAAAUUUGUCACUUUAAAUUUUGAAACCAGGGAAACACCACCCGUCGUUCUGUCCCCAUUCCCCAUAGCGCUCCGAUCUUUACACGCCGCAAGACUUUUUUGAUAAUCCAUGCUCAUCCCAGUGUCUACGGAAAUCCCAUCCUGUCAUGUACCGGGCACCUUCUUUUAAAAAAAAAAAAAAAGUUUACUCUCUGGGUUUGGUUCAUUUCAAUUUCUGCGUUCUGACACAUAUUUUUUUAAUAAAGAUGAGAAAGAGAAAAUGACUGUUGCAGGACAUUUCUAGACCUACUUUAACUUUACCUCAGAUGACAGUUUGUUAACAUAUAUUGGACACAUUAUUUUUAACUUUAUGUACAAUGCAUUCAACAGAACAGCAAAAUUUUUAGAAAUUUUCCAUUAAUUUCUGUAACACGCCAUGUAAAACUGUUACAAUAAACAUGUUUGAGAACAACA